AUGGCUAGAACGAAAACAACGAAGCGAAAAUACCCUGAAGUAAACGUUGCAGAAAUGGAAAAUAUAGAUCCUGUGAGGUAUCCUUGUCUCUAUUGUGACAAAAGCUUUACGAGACGCACUUCCCUAAAAAGACACCUAAUAGACCGUCAAGCGCAUUGGAUAACUGCUGGUGAUUUCGCGGAGGCAAUGGAAUGCAUCCAGGGUGGGGUCUGUGGAUCUCAAAUAAUGGCCUGGAGACUAAGUAACCCGAUUAUAUCUCUUCCUUUGGCGACACUUAACCGCAAGAAGGAGUGCGCGAUAAGCCUCCUAGAUAUGGAGGAGGAAUGCGCACCGCAUGUAGAAGAGGAUGAUGGUGCAUCUAUGUCAAAUGCGCCUGCAACUUCUCAACAAUCUGAGUUGACAACUACAACAUCCGCACCGAUGGCGCCUGAUACUUCUUCAUUGGAUAGCGUUCCGGAUUGUAAUGACCAGUUUGUACGCACAGCUUCCCAUACGCCAGUGCCUGCACCAAUUAUAACUACUAGGCAACCCAUACAUGCGCCCAAUUACAACAGCAGGCCUAGCGUCAUCCCAGAGCCUUCCAACCUAGAGCAAGUGACGGACACUAUCAUUGCAAAACAAACUCAGCCUAACAAAGCUAUAUUGAUUGAUAUUAGCGCAAAGAGGCCUGCUCCUGCUGCCUCUCCAGCUGAGGGUGCACCAGCUAAGAUCCGGCGCAGCCUCAGCACGGAAGCGCGCCCAUCGACAGUAAGCCAGGAACCCUCUUUAGCACAUCGCCGUCCAGGAAGUCUCGGUGACCCUGUUCCCCCAAAAGAAUUUGAAGGCCAGCGUGUGUACCAAUUUGGCGAACGAGUAUCCAUAGCGCCAAAUCACUGGGAGUUGAAGCGCAUGGAGGUGAAACUGGUAUACUACGACCCAACCACUAGGAGGGAGCAUGUAGAUUCCCUAGUAUCGACAAUGCGAUAACAAUUUCUCAUAAAAACUUUAUUGAACAUUUUAAUAUCAACAUGACACCAAGGAUUAUUUCAACAUUAUUCAAUCGAACAUUUAAACAACUGGUCGUACGAGUCCAGCAUAAACACUUAUUUUGACAUUUUUGGGAUGUGCCAUAUCCCAACUCUUAUAUUAGCUAAACAGUACCUUUAAUGACAUUUUCCAACGGGACGUUUGGAAUUUAAGUGGAGGGUGGUGUAAGAAAAUGCGUAUAUUUUCUUCUAUAUAUUUCUUACUUCCUGUUUAUAUUGAACACUUCCUGGUUACCCAGUCACAUUUCUGAGAAAUUGCAUCAUUUUCUAAUUAUUCAUCAUGUAAAUGUAUAGUAUAGUUUAAGUAUAUAAGCGUAAAUGUAACUCAUUAAAGUAGAAAGGUUAGCUAUUCCAGCGCCUUUGAUUGGUCACAGAAAGUCGGUGCAGCACAUAUGCUAAUUAGGUAACGCUUUAAAAGCGCGAGCAUAAUGCACCAACUUCACUUUGGUCACUUCGGUCAGUAGCGUGAAGCUACACACUUACUUUGUAUUGUGGCGGGAGGUCACAUUAAGUCAUUUUGGUCAGUGGCAUGAGGCCACACAGUACAUACCUUGAUUUUGUUUCAUGGCAAGAGUCAUGUACUAAUAUGUUACAGUGUUAAUGAGAUGCUACGGUGUCCCCGAAAUUAAAUAUUUGGAGUUAUUGAAUAAAUUAUAUAGAACUUUAUACCAGUGUUUGGACUCAAUCAAUAUAUGCACCAAAGGGUAAGAGAGUAGUGCAAUACUAUAAAUGUGCCCAAUAGUCAACAUUAACUAACUUGAAGCUGCGAGACUAAUUGACGAGCCAUUGCACCGCAAAACUCUACACCACAAACUAUUGCACCGCAAACCUCUGCACCGCAAAUUGUCUGCACCAAAACUAUCUGCACCGCAAAAGUUCUGUAACACCAUCCUUAAUUAAAUAAUCAGUCCAUAGGACACCAAAGCGAGAUAUUCUAUGUUGCUGUACCCGAGUUCCGUCACCAUCCUCGCACACGUCCCCACCAUAAAUAUAAAUUCGUAUAACUAUUCCCCCCUCCCUUAAAUAUGCCUGACGCUACCAACCGCCACUGAUAAGGGAUAAUAACAACAACUAUCGCGGGAAAACGUUACACAUGUAUAAUGCUGCGCAUUCUGGAGCAUGUUAUUUCAUGAUGUUGAAUAUCACUGGUGAUCCACUCGAUUACGCUGGUUACCAAAACGGUUCGUUU